AUGUCUUAGUGUAGUUGUCAUUUUUUGCAUUGAAAAGAAAGCCCUUCACUUCAGUGAUCCACAAUGUAUCCUCUAUAGUAAUACAUACACAUAGAAUUGUUUUGUACAUGAUUUAGUCCAUCCACUCUUCAUCAAAUGGCUCCUCAAAUUCAAGAUCACUUGUUAGCCCUUUUCACUUUUUUCCUAUCCAUGAUUGUUGCAAUCAUGAUGAUCAGGAAGAAUACCAGAAAAACACUCACACCUACAUAUAUACCACCAGGGCCAUGGAAGCUACCUAUCAUAGGAAAUAUUCCCCAUCUUGUUACAUCUUUGCCACAUAGAAAAUUACGAGACCUGGCCUUAACAUAUGGACCCUUGAUGCAUUUGCAACUCGGGGAGCUCUUCAUCAUUGUUGUUUCCUCAGCAGAGUAUGCUAGGGAGGUAAUGAAAACUCAUGAUGUUACCUUUGCAUCAAGGCCUUAUCUUCUAGCCUCCGAUAUAGCUUCUUAUAACUCCACCAAUAUAGCUUUCUCACCUUAUGGUUAUUAUUGGAGACAACUUCGGAAGAUAUGUGCUACAGAGCUUUUAAGCUCAAAACGGGUCAAAUCUCUUUGGCCAAUCAGAGAGGAAGAGAUCACUACUCUCAUUAAAUGGAUUGCUUCAAAAGAAGGAUUAGAAAUCAAUCUUACUCAAGCAGUUGAGUCAAUCAUCUACACAAUCACUUCAAAGGCUGCAUUUGGCAAGAAAUAUGAAGAACAAGAAGAGUUCGUAACAGCGGCAAAACAAUUGAUGAAGCUUGGAGGAGGUUUCAGCAUAGGAGACUUGUUUCCUUCAGCUAAAUGGCUUCAAAGUAUUUCUGGCAUGAGGCCGAAGCUUGAGAAGAUGCACCAAAUUGUAGACAAGAUUUUGGAGAAUAUCAUCAAUGACCAUAAAGAGACAAGGCCAAGAGAAAAAGAAGCAUUGAAUGAAGCAGAGGAAGAUUUGAUUGAUGUUCUCUUAAAAUUUGAGGAUAGGAACAAUGACAUGGGUUUUCGCUUAACUUCAAACAAUAUCAAGGCUAUAAUCUUGGAUAUCUUCAGCGCUGGGAGUGAGACGGCAGGAUCUACCAUUGAUUGGGUGAUGGCCGAGAUGAUAAAGAAUCCAAGAAUAUUGAAGAAAGCACAAGUUGAAGUGAGAGAGGUAUGUGGUAAGAGAGGAAAGGUUGAUGAAAGUGCCAUUGCGGAGCUCAAAUACUUGAAAGCAGUCAUCAAAGAGGUCCUCAGGUUACACCCUCCUGGCCCUCUUCUUCUUCCAAGGGAAUGUAGAGAAGCAUGUGAGAUUAAUGGAUUUAAUAUACCUGUUAAAAGCAAGGUCAUUGUCAAUGCUUGGGCAAUUGGAAGGGAUCCAAAAUAUUGGACUGAGCCAGAUAAGUUUUAUCCUGAAAGGUUUAUUGAUAGCUCUAUUGACUACAAAGGAACUAAUUUUGAGUAUAUCCCAUUUGGUGCUGGAAGGAGAAUUUGCCCAGGCAUAAAUUAUGGUAUGGCCAAUGUUGAGGAGGUCCUUGCAUUCUUAUUGUUUCAUUUUGAUUGGAGGCUACCCAAUGGAAUUAAAAAUGAGGACUUAGACUUGACAGAGGAAUUUGGAGUUUCCGUGGCAAGAAAAUGUGAUCUAUAUUUGAUUCCCACAGUUUCUUCUCCCUUGGCUAUAACUUAGAAAACGAGGUGUCAUCCACCAUGCACCACUUCAAAAGUGGUCCCCUGCUUGUGCUAUGUGAUAUUUGUAAUAAUAUGUUUCUUCAUUCUGCUUGCUA